AUCGCACCCUCUUGUCCUUGCGAGUCUCCAUGGAACAAUAACGCAUGGGAGGUGUUUGCAGCCAAGGGCUUGCAAGUUGGUGCGGCUGGGCAGGUGAGGCUCGCACUGCCCCGCUUUCGGCAAGCACUGAACCCAACGGCCCGCAGACCAGGCACGGCCAAGAAUUAUCCAAGAGGCAGCAGAAGAAGCAGGUGCUUCGCGAUGCUCGGCAAGAGCGCAAAGGCAUGAAGAAGCAGCAGAAGCAGGUGGACUCCAUGAGCUCGGCAUUGACAUCUCUGAACGACUUGUUGGCAGAGCAUUUGGGCCGGCCAGUUUCCACCACAGAGGCCUUGGUUGAGGUCUUUGGCACAUCUUGCCAAUACAGGACGCUGCCAUUGGCUCACGGCCCCUGUCCAGCAGAGGGUCUGGCGCUUCUCGGGGGUGCCUUGCUCCGCCCCGAGAAGUACAAUGCCAAGUUCCUGCCGCAGGAGUACUCCCUGCUUCACAAGCUUUGGUCCGUUUUCCGGGGGAACCUGUCGAAUGCCGGGGUGCUGGACAUUGGAGCGGGCAAUGCCAACUGCGCGGUGCUCGCCGCUGCGGUGCUGGGUCUCAUGGUAAUAUGUGUGGAACGCGAGUCUCCGAGAGUGGAGCUACGUGCAGAGGAGCUCUUGCCUGAAAGUCUCAAGCAACGAGUCAUUCGUGUGGAGUCAGACAUCGCAGACUUUGACCUGUCGGCCUUGACGAGCUUGGCACAGAAGCACCACCUCCAGCGCUUCGCCCUCGUCGCCAAGCACCCUUGCGGUAUUGGUGUGGACAGGUCCAUUGACUGCGCGCUCAAGCUCCGAGCGUCAGGAUCAUCUGGACCAGAGUUGCUGGGUGUGGUCAUCGCAACAUGCUGCACCAACAAGUUGAGCUUGGAUGACUUCCGAGCAUCCCGAGUGCAAGAGUUCUGCGACCUGAACUCAUCGCAGCUGGAGGUGAGCGUCGCCGUGGUGAAGGCGGUGGAGCUGAUGAGCAGAUGCAGCGCCUGGCGCUCGGCCAGCGGCAGCCUGGGCAACGCCAUCGGGGAGGAGCAGCUCCGCUGGGCUGAGGCCUUCGAGGCAUGAAGAAAGGGCCGAGACAGUACGGUUUUUGGCGGAUGCCCUGAUCGAGGACAACCUGCAGAACCUGCGACUGUCUCGGCUCCGUUGCGGUUUUGGUGCAGUGGAGGAGGUGCGUUUCGCACCAUCACACUGCACCCUGCAGGACCGGUGCUUGCUGGCCACCGCGCCUCCCAUGCCGCGAGGGGUUUUGGCGCACGGGGGCGAGGACGCGGCCUUCCUGGCGCAGCUGGCGCUGGGCGUGGAGCAGCUCCGGGCAAAACUGGGCGGGCCGUUGGACUGCCGGCCCAAGGGCCUGAAGUCCGCCAAGUACGACUUUGAUUACUCCCAGUAGAGGACCGGAGAGAAGAUGGAAGACGGAGGAGAUGAGGGGAGAGGAGAUGAGCUGGCGGUAGAUGGAGGGGCGAGGUUGGCGGCCUUGGAGUCGGCCAGUGGAAGGAGGAGCGGGGCAUUCGGCACUGCGAGGUACUUGGAUGUUGGGCAAGCUUGCCUCGUCGAAGCCUGGUGUGAGAAGCCACUCAGUGGGGUG